CCUCGCGAUCUAUGUAAAUGAUAUGUACGUUGGUGUUUGUUACUGAAUGGUAUGUUGGGGUCUGUUGUAGAACAGACUUACUUCUAAGAGGAACUGAAGUUUUUCAUCAAAAUGUCAUCAUUACUGAAAAAUUGUUGGAAGUUGUCACGAAAUCUACCAGUCACAACAUUAAAAUGUUAUCCAAAAUUUCUUCCUUCGAUAAGAACGAAUACUACAGAAGCUGAAAAACCAGAAACACGACCGACCAUACGUAGAAUAACAACUGAUAUACAGACCAUAAAGGAUUUGGGUUUAUACAUUAGUGGAUGUUUACCAAAGUACGUACAAAAAGUUCAAAUAAAUGCUGGCGACGAACUUGAAAUAUUAAUUUGUCCUGAUGGAGUUAUACCAACGAUAAAUUUCUUGAAAUAUCAUCAGAAUACUCAGUAUGUUUCAUUAUCAGAUCUAACUGCAGUGGAUAUUCCUUCUAGGAAAUAUAGAUUUGAGGUUGUCUACAAUCUUCUUUCUUUUGUUUUUAACUCACGCAUUAGAGUGAAGACGUAUACAGAUGAAUUGACACCUUUACAAUCAAUAGAAAGUAUUCAUGAUGCUGCAAAUUGGUAUGAGCGAGAAGUAUGGGAUAUGUAUGGUAUACUGUUUCGAGGUAAUUCAGAUCUUCGAAGAAUUCUUACAGAUUAUGGUUUUGAAGGACAUCCAUUAAGAAAAGAUUUUCCUCUUAGUGGGUUUGUUGAGGUACGCUACGACGACGAGUAUAAAAGAGUUGUAUGUGAACCAUUAGAGUUAACACAAGAAUUUCGUAAAUUUGAAUUGUCCGCUCCAUGGGAACAAUUCCCAAAUUUUCGUCUUGCCGCACCUGAAGAAAGCAAAGAAAAAGAUUCACCUAAAGAAAAAGAUAAAAAGUAAAUUACGCUUUUAUUGUAUAUUAUAAACAUGUAUUGAAAUAGACAUGUUUUAGUUUUUACAUUAAUUACAAUAAUUAUUUAUUUAAUACUAUCGUGCAUCCCUUUCAAUAAAAUAGAUACAAAAUA